AUGCUCCUAAACAGAAGGAAACAUGGAUUGCCAAAAAGGGUCACGUUAGUGCUUCUCAUAAUAACACUGUGUUUUAAACACAUAGCUCGGUUUGUCCGCUCCUUUGCGAUAAGCAGUCGAUCUUUCGCGUUAAGUGCCAUCAGUGGGAAAAAUGACAACAGGAAGGCCCAGCUGAGGGAAAACCGGAAGAUCUUGGUCGAAAUCGGGAACAGCCUCAAGGGACAGGAUGUAAAGAAGGCGUUAUCCAGCCUGGACGAUCUGCUGGAAGCCUACACAAGGGACAGGAAAUUGUCGAAGAACAUGAGUACCAUAUGUGGAAAUGUCCUCAAUUUAUGCAGCAAGUAUAACGACAUCAACAGCAUGAUAAACGUCAUCGAGAAAAUGAAGAAGCACAACAUAGAGAUGCAGGAAAAUUCCUUCCUGGCUAUUUGCAAUUAUUACAUCACGAACAAUUAUAUAUACGAGUACCUUCUUACUAUCAAUAAAAUGAUACAGAAGAACAUCACCAUCCGGGAGAGGUUCUACAGAUACAUCCUCGUGCACGUCCUGGAUCUCCCCCUCGGCGGAGUGCACGACGUAAGCGGCGCUUCAAACAAGACGGAACAAGAUGUCUAUCACUCCACGCAUAUCAACAACAAAAGGUGCAAUUUGAUAAAAAAUAUCGAUUAUAGUAACUUCGAAAAACAUUUCGAACAGCUAGAAAAAUACAACAUUCCACAUCUGAGCGAGGAAGACAAAAAGUAUAUCCUAAAUAACUACCUCCUAAUUGACAUUUUCAAACAUAUGAACGAAAACAGGGUAAAGAUAAAACUCCUUUACAUUUUGAAGCUCAUUCAUUACGUGUACGAGAAUCUGCAGCAUCUAAUUCGACAGAGCCAGCGCUGUGUGACAGCAGCCAGGGAGGUGGCAAAGGAAGGGCCCAGCGAAACGGUACAAAAAUCGCAUAUCAAACCUUCCGCUGCGCAUCAGACCAAGGCGAAGCUGCUGAGUGACGUUCUAACAGACCAACUGAGGGACAUCCUGGAGCUCUACAAAAUGAACUACGAGUCGAUGAGCAUUAACAUUAAGAAGUACGACGACGAAGCAGACGAGGAGGAAAAAAGAACCGUCUUCUAUCAAGUCAACAAAAUCAUAAAGAAGCUGCCUUUUAUAAAACUAACUGAAAAUGUAAAGAACACUUUUAACUGUAAAAACUGCCAAGAAAAUAUUAACACGUAUUUCUUGUCGCUAAAGCAUACCAUCAUCGUCAUUGUGAAUAUCAUCCUCAUUACUCACCUGUUCAACAGUAAGGAGAUCUUCAAAAUAAAGCAUUUUUUUUCCAUCCUGAAUGGUGCGGCUAGUGGGGCGGCAAAUGGGGUGGACGUGUCCGGCGAGGGUGGAGCCUCCAAAGAGUCCAAAACAAAUGAGGAGGAAAUCGACGCAAGUGUCACCAACCCAGAUGACCAUCACAGCAGCGUGUCCAACACGGCAGACACACCCCGAGGUGAAGAGAGAAUCCUCGUCCAGGACGCACGAAGUAGAAACAAACUGUUCGAAAGGGGAACAUACACGUGCCUCCUAGACGGAGCGAACAUUGGCUAUAACAAGCAGAACGUGGAGAAUGGCCGAUUCAGUUUUUUGCAAAUAGAAAUUCUGAAGGAAAUUAUAAAAAGGAGAAACAACGAAACUCCCCUCAUUAUCCUCCCCAAAAUAUAUCACUACAAAAAUUCAUUGAAGCACCUACAGCAGUGCGAAUCAGAAAAUGAGGGCAAGCUAAAUUCCAGCAUCUUUAUUCCGAACAAGACGAUCAAGGUGAAGAAGGGCAGCUGGUUGCCUCGCAAGGGAGGUGCGGAGGAAGCAGAUGAGCCAGGUGAAGAGGCGGGACAAGGCAGUGAUGAAGAGGCACUGGUCAAUGAGGAAGCUUCACGGGACGGUGAAGAUGCAGAUAGGCGAGGAGCCCACCCACUAGCGUACAUCAGACGCAUGUUCAAUAAACUGGACCCCACAGACGUGGAAAUCAUAAAAAAAUGGGAAAGCGAAAAAUGCCUCUAUAUAUGCAACUACAACAUGUACGAUGAUUACUACUACAUCUUGGGAAGCCUGGCCAGGAGCAACAACCUGUUCAACAUCUGCACCUACGUGGACCGCCUCGCCAAGCAUUUCCACAAAUACCAAAAUCUAAAUCAUAACAUCAUCAUAGAUAAUUACACCCGAAGUGGAGAUAAAGAGACCUACAAUGGAAGGGAAAUCCUGAACGUUUACAACAACAUUAUUUUUGAUACGAACAAUCAGAUAACGGUGCUCGUAAGCAGUGAAAAUAUGGACAUGGAGAAAAAAUACAUUUCCAUGAAUGAGCAAUAUUAUAAUGACCAAAUAAAGAAGAGAAGAUAUUCCCACGUAACUUUUUUCGAGAAAUACAAAGAUAAAUUAACUUUUCGGGAUAAGGACAGCGUACCCUACUCCGAUGAAAAUGUCUUCAUGGAGACCUAUUUGUGUGAUUCGCAGGGGGGAAAUGUGUCCAUCUGCGUUGGUGAGGAGAAGUCCCCUCCGCAGGCUGCGUCCCCCUUGAGAAGCAAACCUAAGAGGAAGGAAGUACAACCGGAGGAGGCGAGCACCACAUACGAGGGACAACAAAGACAUGCGAGCGAAGAAGUGGAAGGAAAAAACUUCUACUACAGCAACAUCUAUGUGAAAUGCAUCAAAGACGUACGAAGUGUGCAGAAACCGAUUUAUAUUUACACCAAUGAUAAAAUGAAGAACCACUACUUUAAUGAGUAUACAAAUUACAUUUUGAAGAAAUGGAAAAAGAAAAGUUUCAUUUCCUUUUACUUUAAGCAACCAAUAUUUAUGUCCGAUCUGUUAAGCCAAUCAGAAUCCAACUGGAUAGACCUCUCCAAGUUAAUAAGUACGUACAAGCUGCCCUUUGUAAAUUUAGAGAAUCCCAAACUGUACAUUGAUGAUAUCGUGUCGUACAGGGACAAAGGCAUUUAUCACAUUAAGAUUAAUACGCCCAGUAAAACGUUUCUAUCUUACCAGAAUGAGAAUCUGCCCUUCCUGCAGAGCGGCAACAACGUCGUCAGGUACCUCUGCAUCGACUUUUCAAAGGUGUACAGACCGGGGGCCUAG